AUGAACUCUCGAGACAAGGAAACGCGGUGUCUAGGCGUGGGGACGCGCGUGUUGGCAUCGGGGGUAGGAAAGUCCCAACCGAUGGUUCGAGCGAGUGGCGAUGCGGCGAGUGAAGUUUCGUGGAAGCGACGGUUUCAGGACAGAUUCGACAAGGAGAGGCAUCGACUGGUCCAGGCGCAUCGCAGGGAGAUGAUGCGGCAGCAGAGCCACGUGGCAGAGCUUGAAAGGCGCAUCCGGGAGGGCGAGGAGGAGAGGGCGCGGGUGCGAGCGGCGCUGGCUGGGAGCGUGCAGGAGGCGAGGAGGCUUGAGCGGAUCAUGGCAGCAGGGAACGCCCCCCAACAAGUGUGGGAGCCACGGCACUUGGUGCAGCAGCGGCAGCAGCUGGUGGGGCAGACGCCUGUCAAUGCAGCGGCGAGGCUGGCAGCACUGCGGCAGGAGGCUUUGCUGUUCACACACACCUUGAGAGGCCUGGAGUCCAGUACGGCCACACACCGCAGGCAGCUAUCAGAAGCCCAGGCAGUGCUGCAGGGCCUGCUGUUCCGCAUCAAGACUCUUCCUUCUCAUGCUUCUCCGCACCAACCACCUUCUCUUCCUGCGUUUGUACCUCGUUCCUCGUGCAAGAAGCACAAGCAAGGAUAG